UACAACCCAAAAGGACACGGACGUGUAUUUGAGCUUGGAAUCUAUAUGUACAAUCUUAUGGAAUAAUCUUAUCACUAUACAGGUGCAGUGUGUAGCCAUGGCUGCAUGGGUGGAGGCGACCACAAGGGAAAUGGGCCAAUCGCUCAUUAACCCAGACAAACCUUCAGUUUCAGCCUCUGCACUCCCUGGAGACACGGGGAAGCCAGCAUUUGGCCCAAAACCCCACCUCAUGCCCAAACCAUUUGUCCUGCAAAGGAACGCCACCGUCCGCCCGAUCCAGGCCCCGAAAACCAACUUUAGCAGAGAGCUCAAUCGAGCCGCCUCUUCUGAAGUGCUUUUUGAUAUCACAAAACCUGGUACUGGUGGUUCAAAACCAUCAGAAUCCCUAAAAUCAGGCUCAAACGGCACAGUAAAUGGCUCUAACCAAAGUGCAGAUCCUAAACCCGUCCCACUCAGCACAAAACCUGACUUAAUGGCUAAGGCUAAACCAGAACCCAUGAAGACUCCUGGUUCUAAUAACCAAACCGGUCCAAACUCAAAGCCUGGUGUGACCGCUGAAGAUGUGAAGGACGUUCAGCCCAGGAGCAGAGCAAAAUCCUUGGGUUCUCCGGAUCAAAAGAUCCUGAGCCAGAAGGUCCAAGGAGAAGCAGCCAAGACUGAAGCGGACGUCAAAAUGUCUUCAAGAUGCUGGCCGCCUCGAAAUCGUCUCUCCGUGGAGCUGACCUCCAAGUUCGAGUCACCGUCUCAACCAGAGAAAGAGGUGAAGAGAGAUGCUGAAACCAGCAAGACGGAGAAAGAUUGGCCACCGCAUUCUCCUUCUGAGUCCAGGUCUUCAAAGCCUCUGAUGGAGGAAGGAGAGACGGGAGACGAGGACGUCAGCGGAGGCAGCAUUAAGAGACGGAUCAGCCUUCUCUUCGAUCGAUCUACAGCAGCUCAGCACAGGGACACCUUCAACAAAAGAGACAGUCCACAAGCCGAAAUGUCUGUUGACAUUAAACAGAGAAUCCAGAAUCUGAGCUUGGACGCACCAAGGACUCGCUUGCCAUCCACUGGUGCUCCAAAAAGUCCACCAUCCGAGAAGACACAGAGCACCUCAGAUGAGCCACCGAAUGAGAGAUCUUCUGAAAAACCUGCAACAACAGAAAAGGUGCCUGGUGACAAACCAGCAAGUACGACAGAAAUCAAGAACUCUGCUGCUAGUGUGGAGAAUGUAGAAGAAGAGGAAGACGAUGUUGCCAUUCCUGUUGGGAUGAGCCUAGAUGCGGAGAAGAAGAGAAGGGAAGAAGAAGAAAAACAGAGAAAAGAUGAGCAGUUAGAGAAAGAAAGACAACAGCGGGAAAGGGAAAGACUUUUGGAAGAGGAGAGGGAGGCAAGAGAAAUAGAGAGACAGAAAGAGGAGGAACAAGAGAGAAAACAGGAAGAGGAAAAGCAAAGACAGAUGGAGGAAAGGAGAAAGCAAGAAGAAGAACGAAUGAGAAGAAUUGAAGAAGAAAUAAAAGAGGAGGAGAGGAGGAGACAAGCUGAAAAAGAGAGGGAGAGACAGAUCGAAGAGGAGAAGAGAAGGAUUCAAGAAGAUAAAGAGAGACUGAGAGAAGAGGAAAGACUGGAGAAACUAAAGAAAGAGAAAGAAAUGGAGGAAAGAAAACGAAUGGAAGAAGAGAGACAGAAAGAGGAGGAAAGAUUGAGACAGGAACAAGAAAAAGAGAGGCUACAGAAGGAAAAAGAGAUGGAAGAAGAGCGGAGAAGAAUUCAGGAGAUGGAGAGACAAAGAGAGGAAGAAAGAUUGAGAAAAGAGCGAGAAUUAGAGAGAAUAAGGAAAGAAAAAGAGAUGGAAGAAGAGAAACAAAGAAUUCAAGAGAUGGAGAGACAGAAACAAGAGGAAAGAUUGAGACAGGAACGAGAAUUGGAACGAAUAAGGAAAGAAAAAGAGAUGGAAGAAGAGAAACAAAGAAUUCAAGAGAUGGAGAGACAGAAAGAGGAGGAAAGACUGAGAAAAGAGCGAGAAUUAGAGAGAAUAAGGAAAGAAAAAAAGAUGGAAGAAAAGCAGAGAAUUCAGGAGAUGGACAGACAAAAAGAGGAGGAAAGAUUGAGACAAGAACAAGAAUUGGAACGUAUAAGGAAAGAAAAAGAGAUGAAAGAAGAGAAACAAAGAAUUCAAGAGAUGGAGAGACAGAAACAAGCGGAGGAAAGACUGAGAAAAGAACAAGAACUGGAAAGAAUAAGGAAAGAAGAAGAGCGGAGAAGAAUUCAGGAGACGGAGAGACAGAGAACAGAGGAAAAACUGAGACAGGAGCGAGAAAAAGAGAGACUACAGAAAGAGAGAGAAAUUGAAGAAAGAAAACGAAUGGAAGAGGAGAGACAGAGAGAAGAAGAAAGACUGAGACAGGAACGAGAAAGAGAGAGACUAAAGAAAGAAAAAGCGAUGGAAGAGGAGAGACAAAGAAUUCAGGAGUUGGAGAGACAGAAAGAGGAGGACAGAUUGAGACAAGAACGAGAAAAUGAGAUGGAGAUGGAAACAUGUAAAGCAGCAGAGAGAUUACGAGAGGAAGUUCCUACGAGUUAUGAUUUAAUAUCGUUUGACGCGGAGGGACCGGCGGCGUCACAGACUCUCGUCUCCACCGUCCAGGCUGCUGACGUCUCGCCUCGGCUCACUGAAGUGAUUUAUGAUGACUUUUCAGUGAAACCCCGAAGAUGGGGAACCGGGGCGAGACGUUCCUCGACACCGUCUCCAUCCAGAGAACCUCCUGCUGCUCCUGACCACAGUCUACACCCAGAACCAAAGACCAGUGAUCCUGGAUCCCAAGAACCAUGCGGAGAUCAGGUAUAUGCGCAUGAUCUGACCGGAUUUGAACCUGAAGCUUCCAGUCCACAGAACUCGACAGAAAGCAGAAAGCAAACAUAUUUAUUUGAGGAGUCCAAACCAGAGGACCUGCUGGAGCCAGAAACUCAAUCUGAUGAGGGUCAGUUGAAGGACGGUGAGCCCGAGGAGGAUGCAGUUGCAGAACAGGACACAGAGAAUCUAAUCGGGGAAACCGACGAACAAAAUGAAAACAGGGUUGGAGCUAAACUCUGCAGGACACCGGCCCUCCAGGACCGAGCCAGAAUCAAUCAAGUCCUACAGAGACUGACUCAGGCCAGACGACGAAAUACAUCUACUGAUUCAGACACAGCAGACGUCCCAAUUCAGGAGGAGCCCGAACCGCUACCAGUUCUUGAGACUGCAGCUCCUCUACCGGACUCCAGAGUUUUCCGUUCAAAGGUUGAUCUGGGGAAGAAACGGAGCAUAAAGCGUUCCAGACCGUCUCGUUCUAUACGACAGAGAGUCACCCUGCCCUCUCUGACAGAGGGAACACAACCCGACUGGAGGUUCUGUGACUCCACAGAAGCAAAAGAUCAGUGGUCCAAUGGAGCGGACUCUGAAUCAGAAGAGGAACCGUCCCAGGACGUCACAUCCUCUCCAGCCCCGAGCCAGCCCAAGAGAGUCCCUGUGUUUCCUGGGAUGGACCCUUCUGCCCUCAUGGCCCAGCUAAAGCGGAGAAGUGGAGUUGCAGAAACAGUAAAUCCAACUGAAGCACAGACGCCUCCGUCUGUCCCCACACGCUCUCCCCGCACACCCACCAGGUCCCUCGGCCCCAGAGUGCUGCCCCCUGUUGACGCCAAGGACAGUGGGUCCGGCUCUUCACCCUCCUGGCUGCUUGAGCUCAAAUCCAAGAAGCGAAUGAGUCAACCUGAAAGUGAAGCAUGAAGCUCGUGAAGCUCAGGUUUGAUGCAGUUUAAGAGGAAGUCCGCUGCAGAGGAAGUCUGUGUGAUGCCACAAAGAUGCCAAAGGAACUGGCUUACGUGAAUGAGAAGUGCAAAGAUCUUUCAUUCUCAUGCUGACUGAGUAUCAGACUAUUUUGAGUACAAGUCCUGGACUAAACAGUUUGAAGGCUUUGCCAAGAUGAUGUCCUGUUAUGCACAUUUUUACUUUUUACAUGAAAGUCUGUCAUAAUCUGGCAGCGUUAUAAUCGGCAAAAGAGCGUGUGUUUAAAAAGCAAGUGCUGUUAAUUUGAAUUUUGUUUACAUUUAUUAAUCCAGCAGAUGUUUUUAUCUAAAGUGAGGAUGGUUAAAUUCAAGUUCCUCCAGUUCGAUCAGGGGCCAAAUGCACAUAUCUUCUGUUCAUCUCUGAUCGUGGAGAAGCAGAAAUCAGUAUAGCUUCAUGCUACAAUGCACUUUAAAUGAGUCAGACCACUGGAAAAGCUGCCUUAGGGCUCUUAGGCAUUAAAUUGCAUUUGAGUUUGAUUUUUAUGAUUUUAAAUAUUGUGUUUCUAAAAGUCUGAUCUUAAGAUGUUCAUUAUGGCAUUGCUAUAUGAAACCUUUUUUUUCUCUUAAUUGUUUUCAUUCUGUUUACAACGAGCCAUUCCUUUAAGACCAAUUCAUAAGCAUCAUUUGAUGGUAUUUUGAUCUCAUUCAGUUCAUUCUUUUAUUUUAUUCUCUAUGUUUCUACUUUAAUCAAAGCUAGUGUGCAGAAAAGUAUCAGCUGAUGUGCUUGGAUCUGACUGAUUGUCAUUUAUGAGGUUUUGUUUUUGUUGCCCAUGUCUUUUCAGUCCUGCCAAGAACACUUUUACAAACACGAAUCAGAGUUACGAUAAUGUCUAAUAAGUUGUGUCUGUGUUCCUUUGAAAUGUUUUUUCGGUCAUGUUUAUUUUUAGACUUCAGCUGUGUAAAUUGCUGCUUGAGGAAAAUGUUUACCUGUUUAAUGUUGGGAAACAUGAAUUGUGUUUUAUAAAAAUAUGAAUUCAUUAAAUAUUUUUCUAA